AUGGCAAAUCAGUAUACUUUUAAUAAUUAUCAACAACAUCAACAUCAACAACAACAACAACAACAACAACCACAACAUUCAUCAUCACAAUAUUCACCAAAUUUAACAAAUACUUCACCAACUACAAAUUUAUUAUAUUUAACACCACCACCAUCAUCAUCAAAUAAUUCAUUAUCAUCAUCAUUAAGUUCUAAUUCAUCAACUACUUCAUCUCAACAAAAUUCAUUAUUUUCAACUAAUGGUAAUAAUAAUUUUAAUAAUCAUAGAUUUAGAUAUUUUUUGUCAAAAUCAUUUGAUUAUGAGGAUGAUUUAGAAUUUUGUCCUGAUAUUCCUGAUCAUAAUCAUUUAAAUUAUUAUUUUAAUAAUAAUAAUAAUAAUAAUAAAUCACCUCCAAUGAAGAAAUUUGAUAUAAAUUCAAAAUCGCUUUCACCUACUAAUAUUAAUACUACACCACAACAAUCAACAAUUAAAUCUCCAAGAGUGCAUACUCCAAGAUUAAAGAAACCAUUGGAAAUUAUUAAUCCAAUCACAAAGACUAGAAUUGCAUCACCUUCAAAUGUUGCGAAAUAG